AUCGCCUUAUCGUCUUAUCGACUUAUCGCCGCCACUUUUUUUGUACCUAUCAUUCACAUGGAAGUACGUACAUACAAGGUACCUACAUACAUACAACAUCGGAAGCUUGACAGAUCCAAAUAAACUUCCCAACCAAAAUGGAACGAAUAUCAGCUUCUAAGCGCAAGGCGCCACUCGUAAGCCUACAACGUCGUGUAAGGGCGAGAAGAGAUGAACCAGAAGAGAUCCCCAGCGACCAAUCCCAAGGAGAUGAGAGCAGUGAGGAUGAGGGUUCCGAAGCACAGAGCGAUGAGGAAGAGGAUGACGAUGAGUCAGGUUCCUCAUCUGAGGAAGACGAAGACGAAGUAGAAGACCCAUCAGCAGCCGCCUCACAGAUCUCAUUCGGCGCCUUAGCUAAAGCUCAAGCAUCUCUCCCCGGUAUGCGACGAGGGAAAGGGCGCAAAGGCCAAGAAGAGGAAGAGGACGAAGAUAACGAAGACAACGACAACAACAAGCGACACAAAGACUCACGAUCUGAGUCCAAAGGAAAACCGUCCGUGCCACACCGCACGAACAAGCACGCCCCCACCGAACAAUCCAGCAAACGCCAAGUCACCCGCCGGCGAGAAGUCAUCGCAACGCACAAGCCCGUAGCACGCGACCCACGGUUCUCCGCCGCGGUCCAAGGCCGGCCCGUAGAUGAAGAGCGGCUGCACCGCGCGUACAGCUUCCUCGACGAAUACCGCGACUCGGAGAUAGCCCAGCUGCGCGCCGCCGCCAAGAAGACCAAAGACGCGGCCGCCAAGGAGGAGCUCAAGCGCGCGCUGGCCUCGAUGGAGGGCAAGAAGAAGGCGCAGCAGGCGCGCGAGGCGGAGCGCAAGCUGCUCGAGGAGCACCGGCGGCGGGAGAAGGAGCUCGUGAAGCAGGGCAAGAAGCCCUUCUACCUCAAGCGCAGCGAGCAGAAGAAGCAGUUGCUCGUCGACCGGUUUGCGGGCCUGAAGGGCAAGCAGGUUGAUCGGGUGAUUGAGCGGCGUAGGAAGAAGUUGGCUUCGAAGGAGAGGAGGGAUAUGCCGAUGGAGAGGCGGGAGAGGUCAUGACGGGUGGAUGGAUGGAUGGAUAUAUUAGGCGAUGGUGGUGGUGAUGAUGAUGAUGAAAGGGGAUUUGAUGUUACGAGUAGGAGGGUCUGGUCUGGCAUAUAACAUAUACAUACGUAGCCCGCGACCUGCGGUCUAUGGUAGUUAUUAUGACUACA